AUGGGCAUCAUAUUUGGUAAAAAGAAGAAACCUUCAAGGGUAACAGAGCAGGACAAAGCAGUUUUGCAGCUAAAGCAACAAAGAGAUAAGAUUAAAAUGUAUCAAAAGAGAAUAGAACUUUCCUUGACUAAAGAUAGGGAACUAGCCAAAAAACUUCUGAACAGUGGACAAAAAGAUAGAGCCAAAUUACUGCUUCGGAAGAAGAGAUAUCAAGAACAACUCUUAGUAAAAACUGACUGCCAAUUGGACAACCUUGAGAAACUUACACAUGAUAUAGAAUUUGCCAUUGUAGAGCUCCAAGUAGUUGAAGGCUUGAAGGUAGGAAACGAUGCUCUCAAAAAAGUCAAUGAUGCUCUGGAUAUUGCUGACAUUGAAAGUAUACUUGAAGAAACACGAGAGGGUGUUGAAAAACAAAAUGAAAUCAAUGAUCUAUUGACUGGACAACUCACAGAAGAAGAUGAAGAAGCUGUGGAAGCAGAAUUAGCUGCAAUCAUCAGUGAAGAAAUGCCUGAGGUGCCUUCUGUAGAACCCAUUCCACAAAUGGACAAAGAUAUCAUCCCCGAGGAGAAAAACAAAGACAAAAAAGUGAAAGAGAAAGAAAAGGAGCCUGUUGCACUUAUGGCAUAA